UCUGGAGUUUUCCUGAUAGUGAGGAUGAUAUUCGUCUUUAUUCUUGUCUUGCAAAUGGAUCAGCUGAUGAGUUUCAGAAAGGUGAACAUUUGUUCAGGGACAGAGCUGUAAAAGAUGUUUUACAGAUUGGCUUCCAUUUAUCUGCAACUGUUACAUUAAGUAUGACAAGAGCUCAAUACAAUGUAGCAGUCACAUUUGACAGACAAAAGAUUUCUUCCUGCAAUUGCACCUGCUCAUCAUCGGCCCACUGGUGCUCUCACAUUGUUGCUGUAUGCCUUUACAGAAUACAUUUACCAACACAAGUCUGCUUAAGAGCACCAGUGUCAGAAUCACUACAGAGAUUACGAAGAGAUCAGCUACAAAAAUUUGCACAAUACCUUAUAUCAGAGUUACCACGUCAAGUUUUGCCCACGGCGCAGAGAAUAUUAGAUGAAUUAUUGUCAGCUCAACCUAAUCAGAUAAACACAACUUGUGGAGCGCCAGAUCCUACUGCUGGCGCAUCGGCUUAUGAGUUCACUUCUUGGUUUCUGGAUGAAAAAACAUUGCAUAAUAACAUCAACAAAAUAUUAGUCAAGUUCUGUGUUCCAGCUCCAAUAGUAUUUAGCGAUGUGAACUACUUAAGUACUAGUGCCCCUCCAGCUGCCGCUGAAUGGUCAUCACUACUGCGACCACUCAGAGGGAGAGAACCUGAGGGAAUGUGGAAUUUGUUGUCUAUUGUACGAGAAAUGUUUAAACGAAGUGAUCGAAAUGCCAUACCUUUGCUUGAAAUUAUUACUGAGGAAGUGAUGGCUUGUGAACAGAUUAUAGUUUGGUGGUACAGUACGAAGGCAGCUCUGGUGGCGUGGGGGGGCGGCGGCAAGCACGGCGCCGCCGGCAACUCUGCCGCGCAGCACGCCUGCUCCUCGCUCUGCGACGAGGUGGUUAUACUCUGGCGACUAGCUGCUCUGAACCCGGGCCUGGCGCCUCACGAACGAGACACACUGCACGAACAGUUUGCCCAGUGGCAUACGAAAGUUCUAGAGAAGGUGGCUAAGAACCGGAACAACCACAUAAACACGUCGUCGUCGCACCCGCGGCACUCGCGCGCGCACUCGCACCCGCCCUACAUCAACGGCAUCAGUGAGAGCGAAGUGUUUCCCGGAUUCCAUCCCGCUAUGGAAGCCUGUUUCCUCGAGUGGGAUGACUAUCAGAUACCCGGCGUCACUUAUACUAAAGAUCUCAAUCCGCUCUAUCACAGUCCAUUCACUAUUUUCCGACACACGGAUAAGAACGAUAGCGUUCAUCAGGUUAACUCUUCCAAAGCAGUGUUGAAUAAUGAGAUGUCUCUGAGUUAUCGUCUCACAAAUCCGGAUCCCUCACAUAUUGGACAUCGCAAAUUACUUCAUAGAAACAAUCGUGUAGCAGUCGAUAUGGCCAUCCCCGGACCUUCCAGUCAGGCUCGUGGUUCUGGUGAAGGGCCGAGCGAUGUAUUAGUACGUGAUUCUGGCCCAAGUGACGGAAAUCAUUCCAGCGUGUCAUCUGAAGGCUUCUGCGAGAACGAAGAGGAAAUACUUCAACAGAGCGGCGGAGAUACGGACUCGCAGGAGUCGAGCUCCGCCGGCGCGUCGUCGGACGACGCCGUGAGGCGCGUGUCGCACGACGACUCUGUGUCCGACGACGACUGCAACCUCUACUACUACGACGCGACAGCUGCGAGACGAGUCGCUAUCGACUCCAAUCAAACUCACAAUUCAAGCGGUAGCCGUAAUGGCGGAGGCUCGAGCUCGUUCGCGAACUGGGGCUGUGGCUGGGAGGUGUCGUUUGCGCGCGCCGAGGGGCUGCACGCACACGGACACGCGCGGGAAGCCUGCGCGCUCGGUGCUUGCCUGGCUGCCGAACUACUCGCGAGUCCACCCGCUCUCGUGUCUCGCUCGGUAGGCUCGGCCGCGGCCGCCAGCGUGGGCGCGAGCGUGGGCUCGGUGCUGAGCGCGGCGGCCGAGGCGCGGCGCGCGCGGCGCCGGCACGCGCCCUCGCCGCGCCUUUGCGCCGCCAGCCAUCGCCUCUCGUGUCUCGCCUCCGCCACGCUCGCCAAGUGCGCCUUCCUCUGCACGGUAUUAGCAGAGUUUAAUGAACAUCAUGAAUUGGCUUUCCGAGUUGGACUAUACGCCCUGGAAAUGGCUCGACCGCCUGCUAGUACGAAAGCACUAGAAGUAAAGCUCAAUAAUCAGGAGACGGAACUCGUUGCGUUAUUGAAAAAACUCCCAACUGGAGUGGAACAGCUACUGUUGGCUAGAGAAAAAGCGGAACAGCUACGAGAUGGAACUCUCAGAAACCGUGGCCCAGCCUUACUUCCCAUUGCAUUGGCGAGCUUCCUGUUCGACGUCCUCGUUCUAUCGGCUACAGAUAAAGAGAAUAAACACCCAGCAAGAUCACCAUCGGACGAGAUGUUAGGUUUCGAAUCAGCCGUAGCAGCUUUAGGUCUGAAAGCGAAUGUGUCAGAAGCUGACCAUCCAUUGCUUUGCGAGGGAACACGAAGACAACGAGGCGAACUGGCAAUUACUCUCUUAUCGUUUUAUAAGGACGAUCCCGUUAAACUGGCUAGGAUCAUGAACAAGCUACUGGACCGUGAAAUUCAUCAACUAACGAAGAAUCCAAUGGUUAGCAUGUAUUACACAAACAACCCGCGUCUAGCCGCCUACCGCACUGACACAGCACUAUAUAACCAUCAAGUUCAUUCUGUGCACGCGCAGCAUUCUGCACCCGUCUUACAACAAUCAGCUUCUUCUGCGUGUCCGCUGGUGCGCGACAUGGAGCGGCUGUCGGUGUCGGAGGGCGGCCCGUCCCCGCCCGCCGCGCCGCACGCGUCGCACCAGGCGCACGCGCCGCCGCACCAGACGCUGCCCAGGCUCAAGGACUCGAGAUAUAAGGGUAAACGACUGUAUCCAUCGGUACCCAAUCAGCCUUCAGAAGCUUCAGCACAUUUUAUGUUCGAAUUGGCUAAAUCUGUGCUCUUCAAAGCUGGCGGCUCCUCCAGUACAAGCCUUUUCACAGAAACAUCUUGUGCUAGAGAACAUCAUGGUCCACAUAGAGGAUUACACAUGGCGGCAUUCCAGUUGGGUCUAUACGCCUUAGGGCUUCACAAUUGUGUAAGCGCAAAUUGGCUCAGUCGUACUUAUUCUUCACAUGUAAGCUGGAUUACAGGGCAAGCUAUGGAUAUUGGAGCACCGGCAAUUUUGUUCCUAAUAGAUGCCUGGGAGGGUCAUCUCACUCCACCAGAAGCUGCAGGAAUAGCAGAUAAAGCGUCGUCGGGCUGCGACGUGCACCUGGUGCGCGCGGCGGCCGAGCUGGCGCUGUCGGUGUUGCCGCACGCGCACGCGCUCAACUACAACGAGAUCCAGCGCGCCGUGCUGCAGUGCAAGGAGCAGGGCGACGCCAUGCUCGAGCGCGCCUGUCUCACCGUCGAGGCGGCCGCGAAGGGAGGUGGUGUGUACCCGGAAGUGCUAUACACGGUGGCGCGCUACUGGCACGAACUUUACAUGCGCCAAGCCAGCGAGGAGGGAGACUGUGUACUCGACGAGCCGGCCUAUCGCGCACCACCUCCGCUGGCCGUCCCUCUACCCUACCCGCUGCCCUACCCUUUCGCCUACCACCCUUAUCCUCCUCCGAUCUACCAGCUGCAAGUGACUCAUCCUCCUCAGUUCGGAAGCACAGCAACGGCACACCCGGGUGCACAGUUCGCCCUGCAGCCGUACUUCGUGCGCGGGAUCGUAGCUCAGACGCACGCACACCCGCAGCACGCGACGCACCCGCAGCACGCGUCGCUGCCGCAGCACGUGACGCACGCGCAGCACACGGCGCACCCGCCGUCCCUCACGGUUAAUGAGAACGUAGUUUAUCAACAGCAUCCCGCACCCAUUCCGGUCUCGAUGUCAGCCGGACACGUUCAAAUGCCCACACCUGGAGUCAGUACCGUCGGUGCCGUGGGCGCUGGAGUGAACGCAGUGGGAACAGUGACAACUGUCAGUGGAGUCAGUGCCGUCAGCGGAGUCAGCGGAACUAUCGGUACAGCCAAUGGCGUAGGGCCGCCGGCGUUGCCUCCAGCGCAGCUCCGUCGCUUAUUAGCCGCCUAUCGAGUUGGAAUGCUAGCUCUGGAGACUCAGGCACGGCGAGUUCACGACGACCGCCCACAAAAUAAAUUUGGAAGAAACCCGCCGUACGGCGAGCACGUGAAGUGGCUGCUGCGCAUAUCGAAGCGUCUGGGCGCGCAGUACCUGCACCAGUUCUGCGUGUGCGCAGUCAACUCCGUGGUGUCGCCCUUCGUGCUGUACGAGCUGUGCGUGGAGUCGGCGCACUGGCUGGCGCGCGGCGGCCCGCACCACCUCGUCAUGCAGCACCUGCGCGGCACGCUCGCGCCGCUCGUGCACAAGUGCCAGCAGAUGUACAUACAAUGCAUACAUCAGAAGCUGUACCACCUGACGGCGGUGGAGUACGAGGAGUUCGUCGGCAUCGUGCUGUCGGCGCGCACGGCCUUCCAACUGACGCCCGAGGGCAACACGCAGUUCAAGGAGUGGCUCUCUACUCUGCGCCGAUCCAAGUCGUGCAAGAAGGACCUGUGGACGCAGCUGAACGUGGCGCUGCAGACGAACGGCAAAUGACGCCGGCAGCCGAUAGUUUGUAGGAUGCGGUGCGCCGCGCGCAAACUGUCACACUCCCGCCGCUGGCCGCGCUGCCGGCUCGUCUACCAGCUGCACACCCUCUAACCGAUUCGCACACGAUGCUUUGUAAUCCGUCACGCGUAAUAUGUUGAUGCCGGGUCGAUUUCACUCGCAGCCUUACGCUACGGACGUUCGAUGUCGACAGCUUUGCCGAUCCUGAAAUUCGAAUGAUCGUAAUCUGAGGGAAUUAAAUGUAACUUUUUCCAGAUGUUUUUUUUGUAAAUGUUGUAGUGAAAUCGAUCUUCGCAAUUGUGAAAUUUUUCGAAAGAAUUAUUACGAUGUUAAGCAAAAUUAUAGAGUAUUAUAGCCGAUAAAAAUAUUUACUAUCGAGACGAUCCGUUCGUGUGGUCAGACUUGGAUUAUGAAUAUAGUGAGCGGCAAUCCUUUAAAUUUAUUUUUGAUGCAACGUGAUGUGUUUCUGUCGAUACGAAAUCGAUAUUAAAAAUAUCUGAGAUUAUUGUCUGGAACAACUUAAAGAAUAUUUUGAAUACAGAUUUAUAAUCGUAGAUAUUUCCCUACAUUGAGAUUACGUUGACACGGUAAAGAAAAAAAAAAAAGAAAAAAAGAAUUGAAAACUAGUCUCGUGUCGAUUCGUAUAUAAACUUGAGUCCGAACGUAUCGGUGUAUCGGCAAGGUAUUGGCGAUAAAUAUAUGUAUACCUGAGCAAGAAUAUCGCCUUUAUAACGUUAUCGGUUGCAUCCACUAUUUAAAUACCUCUUUUAGUUUAAUUUGAAUUAAAACUCGAUAAGAGAAUCGAUCUCAGUUUAAGCAAUUGAAAAUAUAGGACUCAUUGAAAAUAAAAUGUUGCUAGCUCCGGGAGGUAUCUGAAGGGCAAGUUACAUUUAAAAAAAAUAUUUUAGGACGUGAUUUUACGAUUUCAUUAUUAUAAUAUUCUUCAAUAAUAAAAUAAUAGUUUCAUAUAGAACAGUUCGCGCGGAGUAUUGUCAUUAAGCCUUCGAUUGUUUUAAAACAAUUUAAUCUAUAAUUCAAAUCAAUUUUCUUCCCUUAAUUAAAUGUUUUAAGUACUUGAUAAAGUCUGCAUUAGUUAUAUGAAAUAAGUUACUUAAAGUUUUUAAUAUAAUCCAUUUUAUUCUUCAACAUGUUCGACUAAAAUAAAGUAAAGCUCAUUUAAAGGUUGUGUCUAAAGUAGUUUGACAUUUCGUUGUAAUUCGAAUACUUUUUUAAAAGACUGGUUAUGCGAAUUAAUUAUCGUUUGAAAAAGGAGCUCGCAACAUUUCUCGUAUUCGCUUAAUUCGUUCAUUAUUUCACUGAAUCUAUUACUGUUAUCCGAAGCCAGUUAUUAGAAAUUAAGUUUUAUGUUUGCGUGUGUUGUGUUCUUUAGUCAGAAAUAGCACAAAAUGUUUUCAUAUGUUUUGCUCGCUUCAAUAUUCGUCCGUAUAUUUUAAUACACUUUACUAGUCAACUUUUAAGGGCAUCGGUGAACCCGUAAAGUGACUUUUUAGUUAAUUUUUUUUUAUGACGCAUUAUUUCGAUACCUACUUAAAAGAUCUCUUAAUAUUGUUUUUUACUGUACGAGAGGUAUUGAAAUAAAAUAUAAGUGAUUAUACUGUCCAUCUGAAUCAUUUAAGGCUAUGCCGUAGCACAAUUUUAGGCGAAUUAGAUAUUUUUUUAUAUUGUCGAUAUUGGUGUCGCUUUGAUGAACAUUGAAAUUUCUUAAAUUAAUUUUAUUUAAUUUAAUUGCUCAACAUAUAUUUUUUUAAAUAUAACAAAAUAUGACGCGAGCCCCAUUAAUUACGAUUUCAAUUUGUCCACUUAUUUCUUAGUUAAAAGUCUAUAAUAGCUUAUUAGAUUAAAUGUCUGAGAUACAUGAGAGCGUUUUAAAGUUAUCGCUGAUUGCGUUCGCAUUGUAAUCUUUAUUAUUUAAUAUUGAUCUGACUGAAGAUGAUGUGAAAAUAUGUAUUAUGAGGGAUAAUGUGUCUCGUACGUGUUUUAAUACAGAAAAAGUCAAGAUUUGAACAUGGCGAUAAAAUAGCACCUGUAACUGUUUAACAUUAUUAUAUACUCUACGUAUGUCUGAUAUAUUGUCGUGUGCCACGGUUGGGAAUCGUUGUAUGACCUUGUUUGAAGAACAGGCAAGAUGAAAAAUUCAAAAUUUACCAUAGUCCAUUUUAUAUCGAAAAUUGGCUAAGACGUUUCAAGUGACCUAAAAUAGUCGUUAGACUACAGAUUUAUUAGGCAGAUUGUAGAUGACAACCGUCGAUUCACUAUUUUUGAUAUAAUCUUGUCGAAAUUUGCAGUUUGAUGGACGUUUAAUAAGUAAGGAGUUGCGUUAAUACACGUAACGCGAGUUCGUUUAGCUAGAGUAACUUUAUUUACAAGUUUAUAUUAUAUGUAUUAUUAUAUUAUUGUCGUAAAGCAACGUAGCAUCUUGAGAGCCUUUUGAAAUAUAACUAUAUUACGAGUUAGGUGGAGAAGUCGACGACUAAACUCGUCAUUCCGAUGUCUUGUAUAAUUGUUCAGCCGCUUUCGUAACGGUUUAGCAUUCGAUGUCGCUAGUUUCGUAUUUGAAUGUAAAAUAUAUUACGACCAUAGGAGAUACAUUGAGAUCUUCCACUUUCGAAAGCAAUAUUAUGUAAUAUCAUCUUAGUGGAUACAGUAAAACUUAUAAUACUAUUUUAUAAAAUUACAUUUUAAAAUUAAAAUUACCUUUUAAGAGUUAUAUCAAUUUAUGAUGUCCUAAGGAUCGGAAGUUCCUGUUUAAAACUAACAUGGCAUAUUCGUGGAUCUAGAUUAUAUCUAUACUAAGUGAAAAAUAUUUUUAAAUCGAUGCUAGAUGAAAUGUAAUUUUGAAUAUUAUUAAUCAGAUCAGAAAGCUUGUAUUGGAGGAAGGUAUUUUUUAUUGUGUAGUUUAAGCUAGUAUUGAUCGCGGAAUUGUGUGUUCUUCAAAAUUAUUUGUUCUGUAACGAUAAUGUUUCACUUACAAUAUAGAUCAAAGUUACAGGAAAUACAUGUUAUUAAAAAAAACAAUAUAAAGAGUUUUUUAAAUGAUUCUUUUAAACCACCCUUUAAAGUGCUCAGCAGCUCGCCGAAUACACCCAUUAAAUAAAAUAAUUUGCUUCUGCUGCUUCUUCAACACGAAAGAAAAACCAUCGUGGUUGUACAUGCAAAACGUACCAAGAAUAUGUUCAAUUCAAUGUAUUUUUUUGCAGAAAUAUUGCGGGCGUGACUACAUUUAAUGAAAAUGAAAUUGAAUUUCAUUUUCAGUUUAUUGUGGGCUGUCAAUUUAGAUCGUACAUAGUGUUUUACGGACAAGAUCCCGUAAAUAGCUAAAGGGCUCUAGUGGUCUUGUGCCUAGUAUCAUUUUAUUAUUCAAUAUAUCAAGGUACUGGGUUCUUAAAAGUAUCAAUUGAAUCUGAAUAAGAUCUGUGCCCUCUGUAAUAUUUUUUGAUUGGUAAUUUUGCUAAUACAUCCCUUAUAUAAAAUCGCAGGUUCUUCCAACGAUACACACGAAGUCGAUGUAUAUAUUUAUAUAUAUAUUAAUGGUGUGUCUAAUCUCUGACUCGAUAUAUAACGCAUAUGCGUUUACUUAUAGUCUUGUAUAAGUUCGCACUAGUGGUACAAUAGAACGUAUGAACAGGGUGUGAUUUUUAAAGUGAGCGUGCAAAGGGUACAGAAAUUGCGAACUUUUUUAGUGUGUGUCACGCUCUCCUUCCGAUUAAAUUUAUAGACUUUUUGUACUGUGAAUUCGUGCAAGACAUCCCCGGUUGAUUUAAUGGGCACUUAAAGAAAGUUAUAGUUGUAAUAAUAUAUAAUACAGUAAUUAUUUUUGUAUUUGUUUUUUCGUUUAACAUUACAAGAAUAAUUUAAAAAAGGAAAAUCAAUCCCAAAGCUUAACUUUUUUAAAAUAAAUAUUCAAAAUUUUAAUAUAAAAUUAUUUACCGAAAUAUUGUUGUUAAUAAAUUAUCUAAGUCUAUGUGUGAAGUAUUCUCUAAGUGAAACAUCAUAACCUAUAAGUGUCUAACGUUACGGCUACUAACUUCGUCACUCGAGUAUCGUGAGAGUUGUAUUUUUAUCAGACAUUGGAAUGGCACGGUUUGUCGCCGGCCUCAGCGUCGAAUAGAAUUAGUUCAAUAUUUUUAUUAAUUAGGUGUUUGUGCAUUCAUACGCGUGGAUGUUCUUUGCAUUCAGUAGGUAGUAAAUUUUAGAAUGCUAGUUAGUAUAAAUUCACUUUCGUCACCGUUGGACGGACCUCUAUCAUAAUCCUCUAAAUCGGCCUUCGCAUCGGACGAAUGUUCGAUGAUAUCUUAUAUAAUUUCCAAUUAACCUGUAGCUCUCUAGCUGCAAUAAAGUACUUAUUGAUCCCAUACACGUCUCCGUUACCGACUCGUUAAUAAUGCACUUUGAGAUUUAUGUAAAUUGUAUAAUCACCGUAUCGAAUAAUUCAGUAAAGUCAAGUAAUAUAAGAAAUUUUAGUAAUAUAGAACAAAUGGAAAGAUCUCUUGAAUAUAGUGUUAGUUGCUAUUUGAAAUUAAACACUUAAAAAAAAUACUUCAUAGUAACUUGCCGUCCAUGAUUAUUUUGCAGCCUUUUCUCAAGAUACAUGUAAGAGUACAUAAGAUAAUUUGCCAUAUAUUUACAUUUACAUAUUUCUUAAUUAUAUUUCACGGACGAACUCCGAGGAAAGUUUUGUGUGGUUAUUAAGGCUUUUGUGCAAAGUUAGUAUGGAUUUAUGAUAUGACUUCGGAUCGUUGACAACAAUCCGACUAUGUUAUAUUAGCUGCAGUCUGAUCAGUUUUGAGCACCCUUUGAAUUUCAACGUCGAAUUAACGAAGAGUUGGGCUCACGAUAAUCGAUCUUGCAGUCUCGUAACCCAGUGAAUAUUGUUUUUUAUCUUUGUAAACUUUGCACAGGGGCGAUUAAUGUCUCGGUAUUGGCGUUACUGCACCCUUUAGAGUUCGUAAGUAAAAUAUACGUGACUAUGCUCGAUAUGCAUUAUUAACAUUUUUUGGUAUUUUUAAGAUCAUUAAAACAUAUUUCAAAUCUUCAGAAUAAAAAGUGUUUGAAGUAAAUUCGUCUCAAAAAACUAUUUUUACACUAUAUUAAUCAUAUUAUAUAAUAUUGAAAAAAAAAAAGAUGAGAGGUAUAUCGUAGUUUCAUAAUUAUAAGACGUUAGUACGGAGCAUAUUUUAAUUAGAUGUUUAAUGCAUGUCAUAGUUGUAAUCAGCCCAGUGUCGGGCAAAAUUGCAAAAUUUCAUAAGCGUUGUGGUACUUUUAUUUGCAGAAUAUUGAUAUUUUACAUAUCACUUGAACUUCUGCGAGUUUACGUGCAAUUCAUUGGUUUCAUUAUAUUCUAAUGCAGUUAUCUUCCAGUGUUCGAAAGUAUAAGUUUAUUAUCUCAAUGUAGUAAUAUUAGAUACCUAGAAACAUAACUAAUCAUAAGCAUGAAUGGCAAUGGAUAUGACAUACAGUAAUUGAACAAAUUAAUUGAAUUGAUCAUGUAGCACGUAAAUGAUUGAAAUGAAUGCUUCCUUCUGCAGUCUAUGUUACCCGUAUGUCUGUUCCACAAUACGUCUUUCUAUGUAUACACAUGGGCCUCUCGAUUUAUCAUAUUAUAAUUUAGAUACAUUAAACACUACUUCUCUGGUUACAUAGUCAUACCCAGAUGUAUAAAAUAUCUAGUCGACUAAGAAAUCAACUCGAAGCGUUCGAUAUUUAAUAAUUUACCUACGUCACAUCACAGUCGGAGACGAAUAUAAACAGUAGGACGCGCAUGCUUGAUCUCGAUUAUGUAUAAUUUUAUACAUCUGGAUUGUAGUUUUAUUAUACACUUUGUAAGUGUGUUGUCCGCCUAUUAAAAGUGUAACCAUUACGAUUGGAAUGGCUACUUAUUAGUGUACGUAAUACGUUUAUAAUAUAUAUAGUAUUGUAUCGUCCAUAUCGCAUGUUUUCAUUCGCAAUCGUGACAGAGGUACAGCGGCUACGAAACUAUAUCCGUGAUUUCAAAUAUUCUUGUUUAAAUAUAUGAUUAAUACUGGCCUCCAUGUCACUCUUGCUAGAAUAAAGACUGACAAGAACACCUGGCGAAAUAGUCAAACGAAGUCUUAAUUAAUAUCAUCGGGAUGUCUGUAAACAGUAGUUUUGCUCGUAUUUAAAUAACGCAAUAUUACUUUGGAACCAUAAUGAACCAUCCGUCACUUGUUUUCUGACAUCCUGCUUAAGUAUAGGAGUGCCCAUACAUUUUAUAUGAUUAUUAAAUUAUAAGCACUAGUGCUCCGUUGUCGCAAAUGGUUGUAAUAAUAAAGUUAUUAUUAUUAGUAAAUUGAUAGACUGUUAUGCACUAUUUCUGGUUUAACAGCGUCGACUCUUCCCCGCAUGUUGUCGCUUUAUAUGCAAACAAUGUUUUCUCGUUCUGAACACUUUGUGAUGACAGGUUCGUGUUGAAUGGCUUGCGGUUGCAUGUGGAACCACAACGUGUGCGUUACAGAACAAUUGGUAUAUUUCCUAUUUGCAAUAUCUAACGUUUACUGUAUGUUUUUACUCAAACUAAAAUAUUUUGACCUCUAGAUAAUUUUAAUGAUUACUUUUACGGAUACAUCUAAGUCUUUUUUGGCAAAAUAUUUGAAGUAACAUUAUUUAAUUAUU